CCUAAGCCUGCCAAAAUGGUGAAGGUUGGUGUGAAUGAAUUUGGUUAUAUUGGGCGCCUGGUUACCAGGGCUUCCUUCUGCUAUGCACUUGGCAAAGUGGAGAUUGUUGCCAUUAAUGACCUCUUCAUUGACCUCAACUACCUGGCCUACAUGUUCCAGUAUGACCCCAUCUGUGGCAAAUUCAACGGCAUAGUCAAGGCUGAGAAUGGAAAGCUUGUCAUCAACGGGAAGCCCAUCACCAUCUUCCAGGAGCGAGAUCCUGCUAACAUCACAUGGGGUGAUGCUGGUGCUGAGUAUAUUGUGGAGUCUACUGGUGUCUUCAUCACCAUGGAGAAGGCCAGAGCCCACUUGAAGGGUGGGAUCAAAAAGGUCAUCAUCUCCUCCCCUUCUGCUGAUGCUCCCAUGUUUGUGAUGGGUGUGAACCACAAGAAAUACAAGUCACUCAAGAUUGUCAGCAAUGCCUCCUGCACCAUCAACUGCUUAGCCCCCCUGGCCAAGGUCACCCAUGACAACUUUGGCAUCGUGGAAGGGUUCAGGACCACAGUCCAUGCCAUCACUGCUACUCAGAAGUCUGUGAAUAGCCCCUCUGGAAAGCUGUGUUGUGAUGGCCAUGGGGCUGCCCAGAACAUCAUCCGUGCAUUCACUGGUGCUGCCAAGGCUGUGGGCAAGGUCAUCCCAGAGCUGAAUGAGAAGCUCACUGGCAUGGCCUUCCGUGUUCCUACCCCCAAUGUAUCUGUUGUGGAUCUGACAUGCCACCUGGAGAAACCUUCCAAGUAUGAUGAUAUCAAGAAGGUGGUGAAGCAAGCAUCUGAGGGCUCACUGAAGGGCAUCCUGGGCUACACUGAGGAUCAAGUUGUCUCCUGUGACUUCAACAGCAACUCUGACUUUUCCACCUUUGAUACUGGGGCUGGCAUUGCUCUCAAUGACAACUUUGUAAAGCUCAUUUCCUGGUAUGACAAUGAAUAUGGCUACAGCAACAGGGUCACGGACCUCAUGGUCUACAUGGCCUCCAAGGAGUAA